ACCAGUCAACUCCCGAUUCUCUCCAAUUCUACGAAAUCAAUGUAACCCAAAUACGCGUUUCUGUCAUCCAUUGUUGCAGUUAAAAGCAUCGUCGAACAGCAACAAAGCUCGCCAACUCCGAAUUUCAAAGUCCAAAGAACCCCACCACAACUACGCUACAAAAACAUAUUUAUUGCUUCCAAGCAAAACCAAACCUAGUUAGGAAAACCCAGAAAAACCAACCGACCCAUUUCAACGUUCAUGAAAAAGGAAGAUUCUUUUAAUUAUAUGGAUAACCCAAGAGCAAAUUUGAGCUCAGAUGCUUUGACGACCACUCUCUGCAACUCAAUCCAGGCUUUGGGACGUGGCUUUGAUGUUACAUCGGAUAUAAGGCUUUUGUACUGCAAAGGAGCUUCUGGGUCGAGAUUGGUCCACGUUGAUGAAGAUCACGCUAGGGAUCUUGUUGUCUCCGAUGGGGUUGUGGUGCCAAAUGUGUCUCUUGAAAUUGAGUGCUCAAAGGGAGAGAGGGGUAUUGAUAGAAUACCUGUUUGCAACUUCCAUGAGAUGGCAAGACGCUUCAAUGAAAAUUCUGGUAUAGUGGGAGACAUUCCACUUGGAAGCUUUAAUGCUAUGUUCAAUUUUACUGGUUCACGGCAAGUUGAUGCAGCAGCUACAAAAUCUCUUGCAAUGGUUGGGAAUUUAAUUCCCCUAUAUAAGGUUUACUUAGCAAAAUUAAAUCUGGUUUUACAUGAAGAAAUCAAACGUGCUGUUCCUUUCUCCUGGGAUCCUGUAUCCUUGGCUAGUUUCAUCGAAAACUAUGGUACACAUAUUGUUACAUCUGCGACAAUUGGUGGAAGAGAUGUGGUUUAUGUCAGGCAGCACCAGUCAUCUCCUUUGUCAGUGUCAGAAAUUGAGAACUAUGUGAAAGAUAUUGCAGAUCAUAGGUUUAUGGACUCAAAGGGUCAGUCAACUGAGGGGCCCCUGAAAUAUAAGGACAAGGAUGUAACAGUCAUUUUUCGGAGGAGAGGAGGUGACGAUCUUGAACAGAGUCAUGCUAAGUGGGCAGAGACUGUACAAUUUGCUCCAGAUGUCAUUAACAUGACCUUUACACCAAUUGUUUCUCUGCUCGAUGGAGUGCCAAGAAUAAUGCACCUAGCACGUGCUGUUGAUUUGUAUUUAGAAUAUAAGCCUCCCAUCGAAGAUCUACAAUAUUUCUUGGAUUUUCAAAUUGCUCGUGUUUGGGCUCCAGAACAAAGUAAUAUCCAAAGGAAAGAACCUGUGUGUCAAUCCCUUCAGUUCAGCUUGAUGGGCCCCAGACUUUACAUUAGCCCAGAUCAGGUCACGGUUGGUCGGAAGCCAGUUACUGGUCUUAGACUUGGCCUGGAAGGCGACAAACAAAACAGACUUGCCAUCCAUUUGCAGCAUUUGGUGUCUCUUCCAAAAAUCCUUCAACCACAUUGGGACACGCAUAUGCCAAUAGGUGCACCCCAGUGGAGAGGCCCUGAAGAGCAAGACAGCCGUUGGUUUGAACCAAUUAAGUGGAAGAACUUUUCGCAUGUAAGCACUGCACCAAUAGAGUACUUAGAGAACAGCAUCGGGGACCUCUCGGGUGUUCACAUUGUUACAGGAGCUCAGCUGGGCGUUUGGAAUUUCGGUUCUAGAAAUGUACUGCACUUGAAAUUUCUCUUCUCCAAAGUCCCAGGGUGUACAAUAAGGCGAUCAGUGUGGGAUCAUAGCCCCUCCAACACUUCCGUGCAAAGAUCUGAUGGCACUUCUACGUCAUCUUCUGGUGAUAGAAACUCUGACGACAAGAAGGACAAUACUUCAAGCCAAAUUGGGAAACUGGCAAAAAUCGUGGACAUGAGUGAAAUGUCGAAAGGACCACAAGAUCUUCCAGGUCAUUGGCUGGUCACUGGAGCUAAGCUCGGCGUGGACAAGGGAAAGAUAGUAUUGCGUGCCAAGUAUUCUUUAUUGAAUUAUUGACAUAAAUACCUUUUGUUUCUGUAGAAUACUCCGUUUCCAUUUUUACGCAUAGUUCAGGGCAUUCUUUGCACAGUCUACUUGUAUCCUCAGUUUUUCUUGUACAUUAUGCUGUUUUAUGAUUCUUUAGUUGAUAGUGACUUGAUUGUUUAUCAGGUUUUGAAUUGAUAUUUUGUGUAUCAAAGCACAAGGAUAUGUUGUCCGCAUUAGACUUCUUUAAUUAAGACAUGGAGUGGUUCGUCUGUUUCUAUUGAUAAAGACCAUUCUUUUUUCUUGAAUGGUUUGUGCUUGUAUUUAUCAAAUGACCUGUUUUGGUUGAA